AUGAGAGGAGAAAAUGUCAGUCCUCGCAGCAUUGCACAAGUGGACGAUGACUUGGGCCCUGAGGGAUGCUAUUUGGUUUACGAGCCAGAUUCGGGUGGCAGAUUGAUGAUUGUGUAUAGCCAUGGCUACGUCCCCAUGAAUGCCGUUGGCUUCUGGUGUGCCGGAGAAGGCAAGGGCAUUCAGGGCUUCAAGUUCAAGCAAGCAGGAGGUCGAAGUGAACUGAUCAAGGGCAUUGCCGGUGGUGACUCGAACCGUCGCAAGUACUUUGUGGGGUGGUGUCAGUUCAUCAAGAUGGCCAAGGCCAUGAAUGGACGUGUCAUCAAAUUUCCCAAUGCGAUUCAAGGAGUUGAGGUGGACAUUUAUGGAUACCGACAAUGUGACUCUCAGCCGGACUUUUUGUGUCUGGAUGACUCCUUGGUUGACAUCAAUCACUACGAUGCCAUUGCCGUGAUACCGCGGCACAAGGAGUUCUUGAAGGGAGUCAAAUCCAUUGUAGCAAGCAAUUUCUUGGAAAUGGGCAAUAUAGCGGGAGCCUCUUCUACCAUGGUGUAA